AUGGCUAGGGACUCUACGUCGCCAGCUCGACGACAUUACCCAGAUGAUCGCUACCGGGAGGAGCGCCGGAGCUACAAGGAUGACCGGCCUAGCGACCGACGACAGCGUAGAGAUGUGGAUAGGAGAGACAUGAGAAAUGGUGACCGUAGAGGAAAUGGCAGGGAGCGGUCUAGAAGUCGAGACAACCGUCGCCGUGAUGAUGGCGACCGUAGGCGAGGCGACCGCUCAGAACGCGAACGUGACGGGCACAGAGAGCGCGAUGGAGGGAGGGACCCAGACCGGCGUGCGCGUGCAGGACCAUCCCGCCGUUCAGCGAGCCCCCGCCGGCGGCCAUCGCGAGAGCGAGAUCCAUCGCACUCCUCUUCGAAACGCGAGGGCUCAGUCGAGGACAAGGCAAAGCCGAACUUCGCACCCUCCGGGCUACUUGCUGCUGCCACAAAGACGAUCAAAAAUGUCGAUGGUACUAGUACCGUGUUGAAGUAUCAUGAGCCACCAGAGGCGCGAAAGCCCGCUGUUGGCUGGCGAUUGUACGUCUUCAAAGGUAAAGAACAAGUUGACCUGUUACACAUCCAUCGACAGAGCGCAUACCUCAUUGGGCGAGAUCGUACAGUGGCUGACCUGACUAUUGAACAUCCUUCCUGUUCAAAACAACAUGCUGCUAUUCAAUAUCGACAGGUCAAAGAACAGAAUGAAUUUGGCGAUGUCAAGCCUGCUAUCAAGCCCUUCAUUAUUGACCUAGAGUCCACUAACGGAACGCAUGUGAACGACGAGCAAAUUCCCACCUCACGGUAUUAUGAGCUCAAGCCUGGUGAUGUGAUCAAGUUCGGAGAGUCCCAGCGGGAGUAUGUACUCUUACACGAUGACGCAGUCUGA